GUCACCUACAAGCUACACCUGCAACAUUUUUCCAUUUAACCAAAACACAUCAGAAAACCUAAACUAGGAGGAAAAGAAAAUGAGGCAAUUCGAUCCAUGGCCAAUCUUCUUCCGUCGUGAAUGGAGCCGUAACUGGCCAUUCCUCGUUGGUUUCGCCGUCACCGGCACUAUCAUCACUAAGCUCUCCCUCGGUUUCACUGAGGAGGAUAGGAAGAACUCUCGAUUUGCGCAGAGGCAUAAGAAGUAA